UUCAGUACACAAAAGCAAUACAUUUUUACCCCGAGCUACACUCGGGAUAUACCAUGCGGCAACUGCUCCGGCAAGUGUUCUUCAUUUACCUUACCCUGUGCUCCCACGAUGUGUCCCCUGGGAGCAGCGUCCCCGGCCAUCUCCUCCGGCCGAUUUGCCGGCAAUUAUCCGGCUUCUGUGUCCUGUCCCUGUGACGUCGGGACGCUGACGGGGCGCCGACCGCCGCCGCCGGCGGGAAAUUUACAAAGAAAAUUUUACAAAAAUGUCAUUUUUUGGUUUUUUUACAUUUUACACAUUUGCUUUGUCCUGUGCCCUGCCUGCAUUUUGUCUAUUCUUUCU